GACGCGCGAUGCCGCUGGUUCCGAAGGCAGCGGGGCGGAUCGAGCUAGACUGUCCUCUGAGGCCCGGCUGCCCGCUGGGGGGCGCUGCUGUCCCCAGACUCUGCAAGGAAUUCGGUCCCGAGGACUACGGCGACGAGGACAUAGUGGAUUUUCUUCGACGGCUGGUGGAGAGUGAUACCCAGGGCCUACACCGGAUCCGUGUGGAUGGGAGCAGCGGGCGGCUGCAGCUGUGGCACCAUGAUCACCUCCUGGACCAUUUCCAUGAUGAGGGAGAAACGACUAGACAGAGUGAUAGGGGCAAGGGGGCUGAGGGACUGGGUACCUACUGUGGUCUCCAAAAGUCCUUCCUGUACCCUCCCCAAGGGUCUAAGCCCUGCCCUCAAAGACCCUCUGCCUCGGCAUCCUUGCCCAGCGGCUCGGACAGCCUGCUUCAGGUGCCCAUGCCCCAGAAGCUCCUGCUGACUGAGGAGGAAGCCAACCGUCUGGCUGAGGAGCUGGUGGCCGAGGAGGAGCGCGUGAAGCAGAAAGCAGAGAAGAAGCGACUCAAGAAGAAGCGCCAAAAGGACCGAAAGCGACAGGAGCGCCUGGAGCAGGACAGUGGGGUGCCCAAGGUCGAGGCCACCCCUGAUGGGAAUGGGAGCCCCCCAUCCAGCCCUGGGAACCCAGCUCAGGGACAGUGUGGUGAGGAAGAGGACGUACUGGAUCUGUCUAGCACUUUCGUGUCUUUGGCUCUGCGCAAGGUUGGGGACUGGCCCCCUAGCUCUCUCCGAGAGAAGGAACUGAGCCAGGAGCCCCAAGGCAAGAGCCUGGGCCCUCAGAAGAAGAUGAGCCAGGAGGAAGGAAGCUCUCCGAGAGAAGAGAGCCCCAGGCAGAGCCCUAAGGCAGAGGCACCUCCAGGACUGCUGGCGGCCGCCAUACAGCAGAGCCAGGAGCUGGCAAAGUUGGGUACUGGCUUUGCCCAAAAAGGUUUCUACCAUGAGGCCGUGGUCUUCUUCACCCAGGCUUUGAAGCUCAACCCCCGGGACCACAGGUUAUUUGGAAAUCGCUCUUUCUGCCACGAGAGGCUGGGUCAGCCGGCGUGGGCCCUGGCUGAUGCUCAGGUGGCCCUUACCCUGCGGCCUGGCUGGCCCCGGGGCCUCUUCCGCCUGGGCAAGGCCUUGAUGGGACUGCAGCGUUUCGAGGAGGCCGCUGCUGUGUUCCAGGAGACUCUGAGAGGUGGGUCCCAGCCUGAUGCCGCUCGGGAGCUCCACACUUGUCUUCUGCGGCUUGCUAUGCAGGAUCAGCGAGGAGGAUACCCUGCACCACCUCCGCCAGCUGGGUUCCCCCAGCCGUUUCCCCACACUGCGCCCGUGGCCGCGGGCCUUCUCUCCCUCAGUCACCCUCCAAGCACUGCUCCGAGGGCCCCUGGCCUUCUGUCUCCACCCCUGCAUUAUCCACCUCAUCACCCGAGCCUCUCCAACCGGCCCCACCCCCAGACUCAGAGUAGAAGACCUCCUCUCCAUCUCCAGAACCCCUCAAAGGGCUGGGGCACCCUGGGACUUGGGCCCCCGCAUCUACCUCAGGCCAGAUGAGGGAAGACCUGUCCCUCAUAGGACAAGGCCAUGUGUAUAUCCCACAAGGAUGAGGGACACUGUGCGGUGGCUGUUCCCUGAAUAUUUUGAGACCUUGUACUUCAAAACCAUAGUUAGAGACACCCCUGAUAGUCAUUCCUUUUGCCACAGAGACCUUCUGAUGAGAGAAAGAGGCCCAUGACCGCUAAAACGGCCUAUCUUUUGUUCUCCAGCAGAUGGCUUCUUCUGGGCCAGUGGUCGGCAAACUGCGGCUCGCGAGCCGCUGCGGUUUGCCGCUCUGUUGACUAAUGAGUUUGCCGACCACUGUUCUGGGCAAUAAGGAAAAAUAAUAUCCAACAAGGCUCAAGAAAGGAACCUUACAAGUACAAAAGUUCAGGUGUUAAGACUGUAGGGGGCAUUUGAAGCUUGCUUUGCUCCUGGCCCUAUGGAACUCAUUCACUAGCCAGAGCUCUGUGCCUGGGAAUGGGGGCACAGUGAUGAAUAAGGCUGAGUCCCGCUCUUCACCUUGUGGGUGCUCGCCUCAUCUUAACCCCAGUCCUUGCCCUGUUUUCUCCAGCCCCAGCCCCUCAUGACUUGUUUCCUGUCCAUAUUUUUGUGCACAUGUGACCUAUCCUUUGCCCAGUGGUCUGAUGCUCACUUCUCUGACUGCUAGAAGAUUCAGCAAGGGUUUGCAUUUGGGAAUUCCCUUACCCAGUUCCUGCCUGAAGCUGGCAGAGCCCAUACAUGCCCACACUUCCCACUGCUGGCUCUCCUGCUGAUGGGCCUCAGCAGCCCCCAGGCUGCCUGGCCAUGUUCUUUCUCCACUUCAGCACUAGGCAUUGUAACAAGUCUCUAUCUUUGUGCAUUUACUCAGUUUUCCCACCAAGGGUCGCUGCCCCAAGAGAUGGAUAGAAGUCUCUGCUUCCUAUGGAAGAAUCAUGAGUUCUUUUUGGUUUCUCUGAUUCUGGCAGCUGCCCCUGGCUGGUUCCUACCUAGCGUUGCCUGGGACUUUCAGCUCAUUUAAAUGUGGAUCUUCAGGGGAUUUUUAGGCCUCCCAGAAUGCCCUCCCAAGAGGGAACUAUUCAUCAGGAUAAGUGAUUCCUGCUGCCUUUUAUGGGUCUUGCUCAAUACCGUUCAUACCUAGAGAUAGGAGGUGUUGAAACUGUACAGUUCGUUAAAAUCUGCCAUUACUAGUUGGGUCACCUUGGACAGGUCUCUCAACAUCUGUGCCUCAGUUCCCUCAUUUGUAAAAUGGUGCAAUCCCUACCUCACAGGGCUGUUGCGAGGACUGAAAGAGAAAAUGAAAAAAUACCUACAAAGUGCCUGGUACAUAGUGACUGUUAAAUAAACCUAUUUUUA